CUCUCUCUCUAUCCCCAUCUCUCUCUCUCUAUAGGGUGUGCUGGCCAGGCUAACUGACUGUCUAUUGUGUCGGUGGUCGUGUCACUCAUGUCUGUUGUGGUGUUGGGAGUGCUGCUUUCCGCCCAAUGAUGAGGAGGUGGAGAUACUGGGACCCUUCCCUGCUCAGACCCCCUCCUGGCUAGUGAACGAGUGUGUGAAUGAGAAGGACACUGAUACAGGGGUCACUCAUGUUGACUCCAUGGCAAUACCACAGGACAGAAUUCCGACCCGGAGACGUUCCAGCUCAGAGAUGUCCCGAUCCACCUUCAGCCUGGUCCGACAACUCUCCAGUCUAGACGCCCGCAGGCCCAGCUCUCCGCUGGUUGAUGUGAAACCCAUUGAGUUCUGGGCCAUGGGCCCCAGGAAGGAGGUGAUCCAGCCGCUGCGUCGACCCCAGCCCCCUCCGGAUGACUACUUCAGGAAGUUGGAGCCACGCCUCUACUCUCUGGACUCAUCCGGAGACGACGUGGACUCGCUAACGGACGAGGAGAUUCUGCUACGAUACCAACUGGGCAUGCUCCACUUCAGCACACAGUAUGACCUAAUCAACGGCCACCUGGGCGUUAGGGUCAUUGAGGCUCGCGACCUGCCCCCACCUCUGACCUGUGAUGGAGCCCGCCAGGACAUGGCCCACUCCAACCCAUACGUCAAGAUCAGCCUGCUGCCGGACCACAAGAACUCCCGGCAGACGGGGGUGAAGAGGAAGACACAGAACCCGGUGUUUGAGGAGCGGUUCACCUUUGACCUUCUGUUCCUGGAGGCCCAGCGCCGCACCCUGCUGCUGUCUGUGGUCGACUUCGACAAGUUCUCACGACACUGUGUCAUCGGCAAGGUGGCGCUGCCUCUGAGUGAGGUUGAUCUGGUGAAAGGUGGUCAUUGGUGGAAGGCCCUGGUGCCUAGUUCUCAGAAUGAGGUAGAGCUGGGAGAGCUGCUGUUAUCACUCAACUACCUGCCCUCUGCUGGAAGACUCAACGUUGACAUCAUCAGAGCGAAGCAGCUGCUGCAGACAGACAUGUGCCAGGGAUCAGACCCGUUUGUGAAGGUACAGCUGGUAACAGGGCUGAAGCUGGUAAAGACCAAGAAGACUUCCUGUAUGAAAGGAACCAUCGACCCCUUCUACAACGAGUCGUUCAGCUUCAGAGUCCCCCACGAAGACCUCAGCGAAGUCAGCCUGGUAUUUACAGUGUACGGCCACAACAUGAAGAGCAGUAAUGAUUUCGUGGGGAGGAUCGUGAUUGGCCAGUUCUCCACGGGUCCUCCUGAGACCUCCCACUGGCGCCACCUGUUGGCCAGCCAGAGAACUCCGGUGGAACAGUGGCACAGCCUGCGGUCACGGGCAGAGUGUGACCGCGUCUCACCCGCCUCGCUGGAGGUCACAUGAUAGAACUGGAGAGGGAUCAGGAGUUAGAGGUUAAGGGUCAGAGGUCAGGAGGAGAGGUAUAAGCUCAAAGGGUUGAGGUACACAGUACGAAAGAGGAAGAUGAAAGGGGGUCAGGAGUUAGAGGUUAGAGGUCGGGGUUUGAUGUCAGGGAGGUGAGAAAAGGGGGUUAGAGGAUGAGAGAGAGAGAGAGAGAGAUAGACAGAGAGAGACACAGGGAGAGGGACACAGGGAGAGAAGAGAGAGGGACACAGAGAGAGAAGAGAGAGGGACACAGAGAGAGAAGAGAGAGAGACACAGAGAGAGAAGAGAGAGGGACACAGAGAGAGGAGAGAGACACAGAGAGAGAAGAGAGAGGGACACAGAGAGAGAGGGAGAGAGAGACACAGAGAGAGAAGAGAGAGAGACACAGAGAGAGAAGAGAGAGGGACACAGAGAGAGAAGAGAGAGGGACACAGAGAGAGAGGGAGAGAAGGAAGGGGAGACAGAGGUCAGGGUCAAGACCACCAGCAGGGCCGGAUUAAGGAAUCAGGGGCUCAACAUUUUUUAUGAGCCUAAUAGUAAAGACGUUAUCUAACUGUAAAAAUAUAUAUUUGUCUCAGCCCCGGGCCCCGGGCCUAUGGUUGGAGGUUCCAGUAAAAAAUAAUAUAUAUAUAUAUACAUUUCUAAUUUUCUCGGUCUCAAGGGCCUCAGGGCUUCAGCCCCUGCAUUAAUCAGGCCCUGCAUUAAUCAGGCCCUGCAUUAAUCAGGCCCUGUGUUAAUCAGGCCCUGCGUUAAUCAGGCCCUGCAUUAAUCAGGCCCUGCGUUAACCAGGCCCUGCGUUAAUCAGGCCCUGCGUUAAUCAGGCCCUGCGUUAAUCAGGCCCUGCGUUAAUCAGGCCCUGCGUUAAUCAGGCCCUGCAUUAAUCAGGCCCUGCGUUAAUCAGGCCCUGCGUUAAUCAGGCCCUGCCAAUAAGAUGAACCGUCCUCAGCUCUCCAAAAUUGCUGCCUCUCUUCCCCCUCACCUUCCUGACUGACCUCCCAGCCUCCUAGCAGUGUGACCAGAGACAGAGGCUGUGUCCCCAAUGGCACCCUAUUCCCUAUAUAGUGCACUACUUUAGACUAUGGGCCCCUCCUCCCUAUGGGCCCCUCCUCCCUAUGGCCCCUCCUCCUUAUG